AAUGUCACAAAGGUUCACAAAUUUGCCACAGGGCAAAUAAUAAAAGUCUGCUCAGAUCAAGGGCUCUCUCGAUACGAUCCUCCUAGAAUUUUGAAAGUGCGCAGCAUUCGGUCGCGAAAAAAUCACAUCAGAUUCCCAGCCUCAACCAACACCUAUACUUUCAGAUUCUCGUCUUUCUCCUCAGGAAUCAUGCAUCUCUUCAAGGCCGGCCUACCCGUCCUUGCCGUAUGUUCAGUCAUCCAAGCCAUCCCUGUCAACACUGGCGAAGGACGCGAUACGGCCUUACACCGCCACGAUGGUCUCAAAGCUUCAGACACACGUCAGGAAAACAGAAGUGCGGGCGGUUUCGUGCCUCCUCAUAUCCUCAGGAAUAUCACCCGCAGUCCUUUCGCCACAGACGAUGAGCGGCGCACUGCAAAUCGGACCUUGGUGAUUGAUGGGGAGCGAUGGGGGCCGCAGCAGCCGACAGAUUAA